GAGAGUGUGAGUGGAGGAGCAGCCACUUAUUUGUGCCUCACUCCAGGCUCUAAACUUACAGACAGCAAGGCAGGAUUUUUUUUGGCUUGGACGCAGCGCUCAUGACAGGAUUAGGAGCCUGGGACGCGGGACCAACCGGAGAUCUGCGGGUCCUUGUGGACAAUCCUGAGCCAGAUUCUCAUUUAGUACAGCUGUGACCGGCUGCCACUGUCCUGUCACAAAUCUUCCCGCAACAGUCUCCGGACGCUGACCUGAUUACUGAGAGGCCUCCCUUCCUUUCCCACCAUGCGUCCGUUCACCUCCCUCCUCCUCCUACUCCUCCUGCUGCUCCUGCGAUCGGCCGAGCCUCGCAGAGGCCCUCGGUCGGGGGCACGAGAGAAGGGCACCGGCGGCCGCGUUAGAGGAAGAGGCAGGGCAGGGGUAACAAGACGACAGAUCCAGGGGUGUAAGGAGUACAUGGAGGCGGGGGAGAAGUACCUGGACUGUCAGGACAGGCAGCUGACCACGGUGAUGCAGGACUGGCCAAAAGAUAUUCACCACCUGCUGCUGGCCAGGAACAAAAUUCAGAUCUUGAGGGACAACAUGUUCUCAGCGUUCACACAACUGAAAAGCUUGGACCUCCAGCAGAACGACAUCUCCAUGAUGGAGGACGGAGCCUUCACGGGCCUCUCCAAGCUCACCACCCUGCUGCUGCAGCACAACGGACUAAGAACAGCCUCCGAGGACGUCCUGCUCCCUCUGCCCCGCCUCACCUACCUCCGUCUGUACGACAACCCCUGGAGCUGCCUCUGCUCAUUGGACAGCCUGAUCAGAAAGCUGCAGCUACCCAGCAACCGCAACCUGGGCAACUACGCCAAAUGUGCGGAACCUCAUUCACUGUCGGGCCAAAAACUGAAGAAAAUAAACGUGGAUGCGUUGUGUGAGGCCGACAGGAGGCCGGGGGACAAGGACGGUGGACGACCAAAGCUGCCCAUCAAGGUGAAGCCAGAGGCCACGUCCAUGUGUCACACCUACAUGUUCCCUAAACCUCUGCUGGACUGCAGCCACAAAGGUUUGGACCACGUCCCAUCUGACCUGCCAUCCGAUAUAGUGAAGAUGGACUUGUCCAGCAACAGUAUCAAACAUCUCAGGGCCAAGCAGUUCCUGCUCUCCAAAGACCUCAAACUGCUCAACCUUAGCAGCAACAACUUGCAUCAUAUAGACACUGCUGCAUUCGCAGGCCUGCUGUACCUCCGUGAGCUUGACUUGUCCAACAACAGCCUCCACCACUUCCAGUACGGCGUGCUAGAAGACCUUUACUUCCUACGGAAGCUCCCGCUGGACAACAACCCCUGGAUCUGCGACUACAACAUCCACUACUUGAUGUACUGGCUGAAGCACCACCCGGGCGUCGCUUACUCGGGUCUGAUCUGCACAGCACCGUCGGAGUUCAAGGGUUGGCGCGUGGAGGACUACAUCAAAACCUACAACGGGGAUUGUCCCAAGGAUAGACAGACGGGAAGUGUGGACACAGGACAGGGAGGACAGGGAGGCUCGGAGAACGAUGCACAGGAAGAAGGAGGGGAGACGGGUGACAGGCAGGGUGGACGACUGCCUCGCCCCCUGCAGGAUAGGAGGCCCAACAAGUUUGAGAUAAUCAGGCUGAGUUAGAGCACAGGUGGAGCAGUGGACUGGUGUGAUGGAUGACUAUGGAAAGAUAAAGAUAAGAGUCGAUGAUUUGAUGUUCAAGUCAAAAAAAUUUGGGUUUUAAUCCAUUAUUAGAACUUAUUUUUUGUCUCUUUGCCAGGAUAGCAAACAUUGUUUCAUUCAGUUAAUUAUUUUCAGUGUUAUUUUGCUACAUUGCCUUUAAAAAGUGAAUUCUGUCAGGACCUUUUUUAUUUUUAAGUCAAGGUCUGGUCUCAACAUCAUAAAAAGCAGCAGCUUUUUCUCUGUUUCUCUUCGCCCUGCAGACAAAUGUGGUCCAAACUGACUUUUUGCCAUCAUUUGACCCUUAUAUGAUUUCCUGAAUUUGUUUUGGAUUUUCUUGAUCUGACUCCAGAUCCAGGCCACCUUUUUGCUUGUACUCUCUUUCAUAUUUUUUUUGAGGUGACUACAGUCUAAAUGGUCAAGCCAUCGCUGACGUGAGACAGACGCCACAUUUCCGUGCUGAAGGAGGCAGACAUUAACGGAACCAGUCAGAGGUUACGAUACAAUUGAGGUUACGAUACAAUUGUGUCCUCCAAAAAUACUCUCUGGUUUUUUUGAACUAAUUAAAUGUAUUUUACUAUCUGUGUUCCCUGAAAAUAAAAUUGGUUUUAUUUUUCAGAA